UCAUGGCGGGCGGCGGGCCCGGGGAUGCCGGCCUGGGGGCGGCGGCGGCCGCGGCGCCCGAGACCCGCGAGCACCUCUUCAAGGUGCUGGUCAUCGGCGAGCUCGGCGUGGGCAAGACCAGCAUCAUCAAGCGCUACGUCCACCAGCUCUUCUCCCAGCACUACCGGGCCACCAUCGGGGUGGACUUCGCCCUCAAGGUCCUCAACUGGGACAGCCGGACGCUGGUGCGCCUGCAGCUCUGGGACAUCGCGGGGCAGGAGCGGUUUGGCAACAUGACCCGAGUAUACUACAAAGAAGCUGUUGGUGCUUUUGUAGUCUUUGAUAUAUCGAGAGGUUCCACAUUUGAGGCCGUCUUAAAAUGGAAAAGUGAUCUGGAUAGUAAAGUCCAUCUUCCAAAUGGCAGCCCGAUUCCUGCUGUCCUCUUAGCUAAUAAAUGUGACCAAAAGAAGGAUGGUGGCCAGAAUCCUCCUCAGAUGGACCAGUUCUGCAAAGAACAUGGUUUCACUGGAUGGUUUGAAACCUCUGCAAAGGAUAACAUAAACAUAGAUGAAGCAGCCCGGUUCCUAGUGGAGAAUAUUCUUGCCAACCACCAAAGCUUUCCUAACGAAGAAAACGACGCGGGCAAAGUUAAACUGGAUCAGGAGACCCUGACCGCCGAGAGCAAGUCCCAGUGUUGCUGAUGUGCCUGCUGCAUCUGUGCGUGCAGGAUGCAGCCUAGCUGGGCUGGAAGGAGUCCUGAGAGGUGGCUAAGGUGGUGGCUGUGCUGUGCUGUGAAUCUUCCCAGGGCUGCACUUUAAAUAAAUGCUCCGGUUUUUCUAGGGGGGGUAAAUCUUUUUCCCUGCACGGAACGACUGUGAUGUCACCCCUGGGAGCCUGCGGCCACAUGGGGCAUGUAGAGAAGUAGCUGUGCCAGUGGGCCCACACCCUGUGGCAUGAACACUUAGGCUUUUGGGGCGGUUGCCAUGUAUUCAGGAUAAUGUUUACAUCCUCUGUAACAUCUCUUUAAAUGACAGCCCCUCAGGAUUUGGUAAGACUUCCAAGUUGUGCCUUUUAGCCAAAGCACUGGGGUGGUAAUAAAGCCUCACCUGCAGCCUCUCAGUCAUGUUAUGGGUCUGUUUUUGUCUCCACACUCCGUCCUCACUCUCCACGGAGGCUGUAGACUGUUAGACACAUGAGGCUUGAAGUUUUUGUACUGCAGUUUUGUUUUCCUCCCUACUUCAAACUUUGGUACUUCAUGUAAAAUUGUUAUCCUUAAGUGUUAGAAUUUCACGGGCCCUCGACAGUGUGGCACGUCCUUGCUAAGGACUCAGGCAGCACUCACCGCAUUGGCCUUCUGGCUCUGGUUGCUGCCAGUUGGAAACAACAUAAAUGAACAGUCCUUCUCUCUCUAGUUCUUUCUUUUUUCCCUCAUCCUCCCAUGUGUUUGUUUUUGUACCCAAGAGCCUGGCCGAUAUUACCAUUGCAAUUCUCUCUUAACUGGAGCUAGUCUUUUGCAAAUCUGUAUUAGUAAUGGUUGCAGAGAGAAGUUACUUCAAAGCAUAUACAAUGAAAGCUGAGAUUCCGUAUUACGAAUUAUGAAGGAAAGUAGGUCAUGUGUGGUUUUCUGUAAGGUUUGAGACAUUUAAAGUAUAACACAUAAGAAACUUAAGGCAGCCUCAUGAUUUUUUUGUAUUACCAUUUGACCCAGUUAAGGAAAAGAAUAAAUAUUUUGACUGAAA